CAGUCACCGGGACGCUUCAGGGAGGCCCCGCCCCUUCCGCUCCACUUCCGGGUGGAACGGGAUGAGGCCGCGGCGGUUGGCUUGGCUGCCUGUUGCUGUGGUAACGGGGCCUAGUGGCGGCGCCAUGGACAGUCGCGGUGCGCAGAUCUAAAGAUUCGGACUUGAAGAUGGAAAUGUAUGACAACCUUGGAAAAGUGGGAGAAGGGAGUUAUGGAAUGGUGAUAAAGUGCAAGCACAAGGAAACAGGACAGAUCGUAGCAAUUAAAAUAUUCUAUGAGAAACCAGAAAAAUCUGUCAACAAAAUUGCUAUGAGAGAAAUAAAGUUUCUAAAGCAAUUUCAUCAUGAAAACCUGGUCAACCUCAUUGAAGUAUUUAGACAGAAAAAAAAAAUUCAUUUGGUGUUUGAAUUUAUUGAUCAUACAGUUUUAGAUGAGCUGCAGCAUUACUGCCAUGGAUUGGAUAAUAAAAGACUUAAAAGAUACCUCUUUCAGAUCUUUCGAGCAGUCAAGUAUCUCCACAGCAACAAUAUCAUACACCGCGAUAUCAAACCUGAGAAUGUUUUAGUGUCACAGAAUGGAAUCAUUAAACUUUGUGAUUUUGGCUUUGCUCGGACAUUGGCUGCUCCUGGUGACAUUUAUACUGAUUAUGUGGCUACAAGAUGGUACAGGGCUCCAGAACUGGUAUUAAAAGACACUGUGUAUGGAAAACCUGUGGACAUCUGGGCUUUAGGUUGUAUGAUCAUUGAAAUGGCCACUGGGAAUCCCUAUCUGCCUAGCAGUUCUGACUUAGACCUACUUCAUAAAAUUGUGACUAAAGUAGGCAAUUUGACACCUCAUCUUCAGAGUGUUUUUAUAAAGAACCCAGUUUUUUCAGGGGUGGUCCUCCCUGAAGUCCAGCACCCAAAAAAUGCAAGGAAAAAGUACCCCAAACUUGGUGCAUUACUGGCAGAUAUGGUUCAUACAAGUUUCCUUCAGCAAAUCCCAGCUAUCUCGGUCCAUUUGGGACUGGUGAGGAAAUCCAUUCUGUUACUUGGAGAGCUCUUCACACAGGCUUGCUUACAAAUAGAUCCUGCUGAUAGGAUCUCAUCAACAGAUCUGCUGCAGCAUGACUAUUUUACUAGAGAUGGAUUUAUUGAAAAAUUUUUACCAGAACUGAAAGCCAAAUUAUUACAAGAAGUCAAAUUAAAUUCUCCUUCAAAACUCAGAGAGAAUAAUAAAGAGACUGAACUGAUAAAAGAUGAAAAGAGAACAGUUCAUGUUAAUUUCAUUGAGAAUGGUCCAGUGGUUGUGAAGGAUGUUGAAAAGGACAAAAAACCCAAGGGUGUAAAGGUAAAGGGUGCUAAGGUGAAAGGAAGGAAACAGGAGAUUCCAGAGAUGAAAAAGACUGAUCAAGAAGAUGCAGUCUCUCAGUGGACCAGUUCCUCACAGAUUCCUCUAAGUUUCCCUCAAGACAGUAAGCCUAUGAUUGCUGAUGCAACAGCUAGCAAUGAUCCCGGCAUGUUGAAGGAAGAUCCUUCACCUGUGGUGCUUUGUACAACAAUGCCUCCCAUCAAUCCAGUAUGUGGGAACCUUAUUGCGGCAAACUUCAAUUCAUACUUCCCCCAUUCCAAUACAAGGACAUUCAGCACUGGACUGACAAAUUAUUUUGUAUAUAAAACUACUGAUUUGAAUAGGCUUCCUGAAAAAGCAAAGAAAAGGAGGAGCCCUUGGCAACCAAUGGGACAGAGUGGUCCAAAAACCAGGCAGGAUGAUGGACCUGUGACUCAAACUCCAAUAGAAAAAGUCACGCUGUAUGAUCCAGCUUCUCAGACUGAUACAAUAGUCAACACACACCGAAAGAAACGUAAUAUUUCUAAAUCUGAGAAAAGAGACAUUCACUUCCCAGAGCUGCCAAUAACACCGCAACAAAAGGAUCUCAAAGGCAUGGAAGGUCACUGGAGCCACUAGGAAAGCUGUUGGAUCAUCACUACCUGGCUGAAUACAGGGUUACCUUUUAUUCCUUGCUUCUGUCUUUCUCCCAAACUGUUAAGACUACAAUAAACAGGAGGACAUCAGACUUCCUCAUACUGUUCAUGCAAAUCAGUAGCUUCAACAUCUAAAAUCUGUAAAUACUGAACCAGCAAAUGGUUUCUGGGAUGCCCUUCCUCCAGUAUGUGUUGGGAGAUGAAACCACUUUAUAAGGUCCCUAAUUUUCCUUUUGUCUUUAUACCGCAUAGGAGACAAGUAAAAAAGAAAACUUGGCAAUAAAAUAUUUAGUGAAAAGAAACCAAACAAGGAAAGUAGAGUCAACUUUGGUUAUGUAUGGGAUGUUUAUUAAAAGUGUCUAUUUGAUGAUAUGGCUAUUUAAUAUAAUGAUUGCUGAACAUUGACAAGCAGCAAUAUUUUUAAAAAGUAGAUUUGGAGGAAACAGUUAA